AUGUACAGAGAUCUCCGUGAGGUAUAUUGGUGGUCGGGUCUUAAGCGUGAGAUUACCGACAUUGUGGGGAAAUGUCUGACUUGUAAACAGGUUAAAGCAAAACAUCAGUUGCCUUUUGGGUUACUUCAGCCAGUUAAAAUUUUGAUGUGGAAGUGGGAAAGAACUGAAUUGGACGAGCAUCGUGCUCUGGGUUCCGAGUUAGUAGCUAAUACCAAGGAUAAGAUGAGAGUAAUUUGGGAUCGACAGAAGGCGGCAUUAGACAGACAGAAGUCAUAUGCGGAUCUGAAGCAUAAAGAUAUUGAGUAUACUGUAGGAGAUUUUGUCUUUCUGAAGGUCUCAUCAUGGAAGAAGAUUCAUGAUGAGUUCCACGUCUCUAUGCUGAGAUGCUACCGCUCUGAUCCUAUGCAUGUUGUGUCGGUUGAGGAUAUUGAAAUUAGACCUGAUCUGACUUUCGAGGAAGAACCAGUCCAGAUUUUGGAUCGAGAGUGGUAUGUGGCGUGUUUCUCUGCCAAGGGACUAGAGUUCAAGUCCAGUUGCACGCAAGAGAGUUCCUUUUUGCAAAUGGCUGUGUGGGAGGCUGGAUGGCGUUGGGACUCUAAUGGUUGGAUGGCAAAGGAGUUGUUGAGGGAAUUCGAAUCGGUCAAGUGA